CAACCCAACGAUUCACCCUCUCUCUCUCUCUCUCUCUCGCUCUUGAGGGUCUCCUUUUGAUGUCGUGUCGAUGCUGUGACACCGUGUAACCUCCCCCGAGGUAUUUAUUUCUGUGUCGGAUCAAAGUGUUGGUUAGUUUCUCACAGUUCACAAAGUUUUGAAAACAUUUCGGCUGAGAAAAUGACGACGAGUGACGACUACACUUAUUGGAUUAGUUUUCCCGCUGGGGCCCGCACAUCAGACGAAUUCACGCUUAAUUACAGCAGCUCGGAAAACUUAUUUGUUGAUCACAACAGCAGCGGUGAGCUGAGUCUCGAUGGAGAGCGGACGUCACUGGUCCAAUGGGAUGACUGGGACCAAUCUUUGUGGACGGCCGAACAACGCCAACUUUUGGAAAGGGGUGCAAUCCCGCCCGAGGUCCACAUCACGCUCGGAGUUUUACUGGCUCUUAUCGUCCUAUUCGGAGUGGCAGCCAAUUCCUCGAUUUUCUACGUCUUCGCGAGGUUCAAACGGCUAAGGACGCCGGCCAACGUGUUCAUCAUCAACUUGACCAUCUGCGAUUUCUUCGCCUGUUGUCUCCACCCACUGGCCGUAUACUCGGCGUUCAGGGGCCGCUGGUCUUUUGGCCAAACAGGUUGCAAUUUGUAUGGGAUGGGCGUCGCCUUUUUCGGACUCAACAGCAUCAUGACCCUGUCAGCCAUCGCCUGUGAGCGGUACAUUGUCAUCACGUCCAGCAGUUGCCGGCCGGCUGUCGCCAACUGGCGGAUAACUCGACGUCAAGCGCAAAAAAUUUGUGCGGGUAUUUGGUUCCAUUGCGCCGCCCUGGUGACUCCACCGUGGCUAUUUGGGUGGUCCUCUUAUAUGCCGGAAGGAGUUCUUGUCACCUGCUCAUGGGAUUACACUUCACGAACGCUGUCCAAUCGGCUCUAUUACAUCUACCUCUUAUUACUCGGAUUCGUUCUGCCCAUUUCCGUUCUGACCUUUUGCUACACGUCCAUUUUCCGGUUUAUCGUCCGCUCUUCACGAGAAAUGACCCGGUUAAUUAUGACGAGCGAUGGUCGGAUGUCGUUCAGCAAGACGACCGUCUCCUUCCGCAAAAGGCGGAGGCAGACGGACGUCCGGACGGCGCUGAUAAUUUUGUCGCUGGCCAUGCUCUGCUACACGGCCUGGACACCUUACGCCAUCGUCAGUCUCAUCGGCCAGUUUGGCCCGGUCGACGAAGACGGCCAGCCCAAGAAACUGUCGCCCAUGGCUACGGCCAUCCCGGCUUUUCUGGCCAAAACGGCCAUCGUCUUCGAUCCUUUGGUUUACGGAUUCUCCAGCCCACAGUUCCGAAAUUCCGUCCGUCAAUUCUUGCGUCGUCAAAGCGUGGACAGCAGCGGGAACGGCGGAAUUCGCGGAGGAGGCAACAACACGGCAAUGAUUGUUAUAAGAGGAGCCGUGAAUCAGAACAGAAAUUCGGCUCGGUCCAAUUUACAUGUGGUGUUCUCCUCUUUAAGUCGCAGCAUCAGAAUUAAUUCCGGUGAUUCGGCAUCGCAUAAGUUGAACGAUUCUUCCGCCUCAGGAAGACACUCGAAGCCUUCGCUUCACUCUGACGCCAGAGACGAACAGCAGCAACUUUGCGGAGGUGGGAACUUGAAAAAGUCUUGCAUGAAGCGGAUCAACAGCCUGAAUAUUCCGAGAGGCGGCCGGAAUUGGCGGAAAGGAAGCGGAUUGAGCAAACAAAGCCUACAGUCUUAUUCGGCAACGGAAGAGGCUUCUGUCACCAAAUCUUCCUCAUUGCGGAUGUUGCAAGUGCAAGAGGAGGCGGGUGUUGACAAAGUACAACAAUCCGUCAAAAAAGAGCGAGUGAUUCAACUUCUCAACUCGACGACUCCGCAGCAGAGGCGAUCUUCCGAGCCCAUGCAAAGCUCCUCCGCAUGCUCAAGACAAUACUUAGGAAACUUAGCAGCUAGCAAAUCCUGUGAUCACUGCAUAAAAACGGAAGUGGAAUUGAAAGGCCAUAAGAGCUGCCAAGCAUCAGUGGAGCCUAUGUAAAUUCCCCUUGUUUAAUUCACACAAACAGCGGCGCCUUGUUCCACGAUUCGCUUGAAUUUGUAUACCAUAUCCAACGGCAGAAACCACCAGAAUGGUCCUUCUGGAGAAGGAGGAAUUGUUACAAGAAACUUGUAGAUAUCCUAGUGAAAACAACACUGGGAUUCUCGAUCAUUCCCCCAAAAUAGCUAUUGGACUUAUCGUCGACUCCAUUUGAAUGAGGCACUCGUCUUCAUUCUCAGGAGGUCGAAGAGGUUGUGUCCAAACAAUUAGCAUCUGUUGCGCAUCGCGCACCGCGCACCUUUUAAAUUACCUGGUUUAUGGCUGAAGUGACACGCAUCGGUAAUUACUUUUCCAUAUUGGCUUGAAUGACCUAAACAACAGCGAUUUUUUUAAAAUUAUUUAAUGAAUCGUUAAAUUAGCCACCAUCCAGAGGGAGAGGCUAAUAAGUUUUUAAUUUACGACAUUACUUUAUUUUAAUACUCUAAUUCUUUGUCAAAUUCUCAAGAUGUUUCAAUAAGCAACGUGCUUUAUUCAAAUCCAUGGCCUCCGGUAGAAUUUUUUUUUCCAAAAUUUAACGUAUUUGUAAUCAAAUUAUUAUAUACUCUUGAUUGUUGUCUAAAGUGGGCCAAAAGGUCAAAUAAAAUGAUGUCGAAUGCUUAAACUGUACUGCAAUAAUAUUAAAAAUUUUCUUCAUUAUCAACUUAUCAAGUGACGGAUUUUGAUGGAAAAUUCAAAUUUCGUGCCGCGAGAGUAAAUUGGCAGAACCCGUUGAUGAAACACUCACGAAAAAUUCAUGUACGCAGUAGAUUCGCGAGCUCGUAGGUGGCAGUCCAGUGGGCAGAAGCACAGGAUGAAUCCCUGAUGAUA